GUGAGAUACCUGUGAAGGUGAGCGGAUCCGUUACUGUUACUUUACGGUUGUGUUGUGAUUUUGCUAGUGAAAGUGCGUGAAUCAAUUCGGAAAUCGUUCUCUCGGCAAUCAAGAUAUGGAUGACUUGAGGGGAUUCUUGAGGCAAGCGGGACAGGAGUUCCUAAAUGCAGCUGGAGAGGCUGCAAUGGGAGCGGCCAAGGAUGUGGUUGGAUCGGUGAUCAAUGAAAUCUUUAUCAAGAAGGAGGCCGACACCAAGAGGGUUCUUCCGAGCAUCAAGAAUAUGAGAGUUCUCGGAGAGAAGAGCUCGAACCUUGGACCAUAUUCCGAGGUGCAGGACUAUGAGACGAUUUUGAACAGUUGCCUAGCUAGCGGAUCCCUUUUUGAAGAUCCACUUUUUCCGGCAUCAAACGAGUCCCUUCAGUUUUCUCGUCGUCCAGAUCGUCACAUCGAAUGGCUGAGACCUCAUGAAAUUGCCGAGAAUCCCCAAUUUUUCGUUGAGGGUUAUUCACGUUUCGAUGUCCAACAGGGAGAACUUGGUGAUUGCUGGCUCUUGGCUGCCACUGCUAAUUUGACCCAGGAAUCCAAUCUUUUCUUCCGCGUUAUCCCAGCAGAACAGAGCUUCGAGGAGAAUUAUGCUGGCAUCUUUCAUUUCCGCUUCUGGCAGUAUGGUAAAUGGGUGGAUGUGAUUAUUGAUGACCGUUUACCCACAUAUAAUGGAGAACUUAUGUACAUGCACUCCACCGAGAAGAACGAGUUCUGGAGCGCACUGCUGGAGAAAGCCUAUGCCAAACUACAUGGAUCCUACGAGGCCCUAAAGGGAGGCAGUACUUGCGAGGCCAUGGAGGACUUUACGGGUGGCGUUAGCGAAUGGUAUGAUCUAAAAGAAGCCCCCGGCAAUCUUUUCACCAUUCUGCAAAAAGCAGCUGAACGUAACUCCAUGAUGGGUUGCUCUAUUGAGCCCGAUCCAAAUGUCACAGAGGCGGAAACUCCUCAGGGUUUGAUUCGUGGUCACGCUUACUCCAUAACCAAGGUUUGCCUUAUUGACAUUGUUACGCCAAAUCGUCAGGGAAAGAUCCCUAUGAUUAGAAUGCGAAAUCCUUGGGGCAACGAAGCUGAAUGGAAUGGACCUUGGAGUGAUAGCUCACCGGAGUGGCGUUACAUACCUGAAGAGCAGAAGGCGGAAAUUGGACUUACUUUUGAUAGAGAUGGAGAGUUCUGGAUGUCCUUCCAGGAUUUCCUGAACCACUUUGAUCGAGUGGAGAUUUGCAAUUUGUCACCGGACUCGCUGACCGAAGACCAACAGCAGAGCGGCAAGCGAAAGUGGGAGAUGUCGAUGUAUGAGGGAGAAUGGACACCCGGUGUUACAGCUGGUGGUUGCCGUAAUUUCCUGGACACUUUCUGGCACAAUCCCCAGUAUAUUAUUACUUUGGUUGAUCCCGACGAGGAAGACGAAGAGGGGCAUUGCACAGUGAUUGUGGCCUUAAUGCAGAAGAAUCGCAGAUCCAAGCGUAAUAUGGGAAUGGAAUGUCUGACCAUAGGCUUCGCUAUCUAUAGCCUCAAUGAUCACGAACUGGAGAAUCGUCCGCAGGGCCUGAACUUCUUCAGGUACAAGUCAUCAGUGGGACGAUCGCCUCACUUUAUCAACACACGCGAAGUAUGUGCUCGGUUCAAAUUGCCUCCUGGUCACUACCUGAUUGUGCCUUCAACUUUCGACCCUAACGAGGAGGGAGAGUUCAUCAUUCGAGUAUUCUCAGAAACUCAAAAUAACAUGGAAGAGAAUGAUGAUCAUGUGGGUUAUGGCGGCAAAGCCGAUCCGAUAACACCAGGAUUCCCAACACCCAAGCCCUUGGAUCCGCAGAAGGAGAGCCUGCGACGCCUGUUUGACAGCAUUGCUGGCAAGGACAUGGAAGUGGAUUGGAUGGAGCUGAAACGCAUUUUGGACCAUUCGAUGCGAGAUGAUCUACCUAAACCAGUUGUAUUCAACCGCUUUUCCAAUAAUAUGGCAUUUGAGACACAGGCUGCAGGUCCUGGUGAAGAUGGAGCCGGUGCUUGCGGACUUUUGUCCUUGAUUUGUGGACCAUUUUUGAAGGGAACUCCAUUCGAAGAGCAGUUGGGCAUGAAUGACCAGUCGAAUAAGAGGCUAAUUGGGGAUAACCCAUCCGAUGGUGGUCCGGUGACAGCAAAUGCUAUUGUGGACGAAACUCAUGGAUUUUCCAAAGACGUUUGCCGUUCAAUGGUGGCCAUGUUGGAUGCAGAUAAGUCUGGCAAGCUAGGAUUCGAGGAGUUCGAGACUCUGCUUUCGGAAAUUGCCAAAUGGAAGGCUAUCUUCAAAAUUUACGAUGUGGAGAAUACAGGAAGAGUGUCUGGUUUCCAGCUUCGUGAGGCUCUCAACUCUGCUGGCUAUCAUCUAAACAACCGUGUUCUUAAUGCUUUGGGUCAUCGAUAUGGCUCACGAGAUGGCAAAAUAGCUUUUGAUGAUUUCAUCAUGUGCGCAGUUAAAAUUAAAACUUAUAUUGAUAUAUUCAGAGAGCGAGACACCGAGAAGAACGAAACGGCCACAUUUACUUUGGAAGAAUGGAUAGAGCGCACCAUAUAUUCUUAACUGAAAGAAUUAUAUCUAAGUUAGCAAAUCAACUCGAAUUAAUAUUUACAUACAAUCUCCUAAUGGUAAUCUCCAAUAUUGUUCUUUAUAUAGUACAAAACAAACAAUACUUCCGAAGAAGCUUUCAUCCAAUUGUAUGAUCACAUCCUUGUAUUUUUUGUCGAUAAACAAUGAUCACCGAAUUUAUUGACUUGUUGACCCAGAUUGAUAAUUUAGUUAUUCAAUAAAAAACAUAUAUUACAUUUGCAUUUUAAAAA